AUGUCAGAACUCCCCCUUUCGGAGCUGCACGUGAGCAGCGAUGCUACCAGUCAUAUUUUGUUCUCGAAUAUCCAUUUGCCAGACUGGACCGUUCCAGCUGACCCAACUGAACUCGCCUGCAUCGCACAAGUCGGAUAUCGUUCGACGAUGGAAUUCGAUGGCGACUACCAGCCGGAAGAUCUACAAUGGAUUGCGGAGGAUGUGGCUAUGGAUCUUCACCGGAGAUGGGAUGAGGUCCUUCAGCGGAGUCGAGAUACCGCUGAAAACGAGGAUUUACGGCGUUUUGCGAAUUCUGAAGUCGAACGUCAGCGCGCAAAAGAAGAUGAGGAGACCCGCCUUGCACUUUCCGUCAGUCAAGUAGAGUCAAAUCAAGCAGAAGAGGCAGAAUUUCAGAAGGCAAAGUUGGAGUCUCGCGUGGACGAACGUGCCCGAGCUGAACGAGCCGAGCGCGAACAGUUGGAGCAGGCCGUUCUAGAUAGCCUGGUGACAGCUACGCUUCUUGAGCAAGAGCAAAAGGAGGCUAUCGACAAGGCCAUCGUUGAAAGCGAACUGACCGUGAAGUGUGAGCAGAAACGAAAGGCCGGAGAGCUUACCCGUUGCCUGGCAAAGUAUACUAUCAACGACUUGACCGAAGAGGAGCAUAUGCGGCUUAGUAUACUGCUAAGUCAGGAAAAGGAGCUUCGACACAGUGACGCUGCUGUUCUUCCGGCCACCCUCACUGUAGACGGCGGCAGACCCAGUGUAAAAUCUCCGCAUCCAGCAACUGCGGGUACUUUAUCUUCGCCUCCAGUCAGGAUCGGUCCCUCUGUUCUAUCAGUGCCUUCAUCGGGUUCACUAUUGUAUCGUACGGAAGAAGAGAACCCUGGACGGAGAGUGGAAUUACUCAAAGUAUCUCGCAGUACCCCGAGCGAUUCGCGAAUCAGCGAAAACCACUUGGUAUACCCAGGCGCAUUCCCAGCAUCGCCUUCUCAGGCAAGCUCGGCAGCACGUGGUGCGGUGGGUAGACCGAAAUCGAACUGUAGUACCCCAUUAUUACCAGGUGCAUAUGUUUCGUCUUAUGCGGGCAGUACAGCACCUCAUAGUGAGGCAGGAUCGCUUCCUGGCAUGCUAUAUGGGAAGAGGAUGAUCAUAAGACGCCCUUUAAGCACCAGAAGAUCCAGCGAGCGACUCUCUGGCACAUAUCCACCACCAUCACAAGCGAACGACAGUCCGAAUCGAUCGGCUACAGUGUCUACUGGAGACACGUUCAUCACAACUCGAGAAUCGCUAUCGCCCCAACUCCAUGCACAACCGCAGCGUGCUCUAUCGGACUCCUGGCGAAAUGAGUACCAUGGAAGUCAACAGCGAGAAGCCCAAGAAUCUCGAUCAUCCACGUCCUUCUCGCUCUAUUCACUGCCGAGUAGAGCAUCGUCUGUUGGUCAGCCGCCCUCGUCUCAAACAUCGCGUGAGAGCGUUGCGCGUAAGCCUGUUGCAAAUUCUCGGCCUCUAGCCCCCGUUGCUACUGUAAGUCGACCACCAAAAGUCGCUGCCGAUGCGGUAGUAUCGGCAGCCGUAGCUUCGUCGCAUCCACAGCAACUCUCGAUACAUUAUCAUAUCAAUGGUAAUGGUCCUGUGACUAUCAACAACUACAAAGUUCCGGAAAAUACCACGUCAUCUUUGUCCCUAGCUCAGCAUGUGCCAACUAGAGAUGGCGGAAACAUUGCCAAUGGUAUGAAAGAGGCAACAAUCGGCUUCAAAACCAUAGCAGAAGUGAAGAGUGCGGCGAAGAAUCUGGCGAGGAGUGCAACCCAAAGUGAACUGUGGUCUCGAGGGGAGGAGCGGGCAGCGAUCUUGAGGAGGAAAGGAAAGAGAUUCAAGGUCGACUCUCCAAGGAUUGAGUAUGCUACAGUCAACGAGAUUGGCGAUUUUGAACGAGCCUCUGUUCCCGAAGUCCAGAAUGACGUUGGCAGCAUCGCUCCGUUACCGCAAACACAACAAUGGUUUGUCACAAACCCUGACCGAUCGACAGCGCCAUCCCCACUAUCGACAACAACUCAGCAGAUGACAACGCGGCCGCCUCCAUGGGAUGAGUCGAUGAUCUUGGAUGUGAAUGGAGAUGCAGUGACUCCGCCUAGCGAUCGGCAGUCGGAUUUGACAAGUUUUUCAAACGAUGGUAGUAUUAUUCAAGAUACUGCCGGUUCGACUCUAUCCGAUCGUGGUCUCAGGCCUCAGCCUUUGAACUUCGGGAAACGGACUAAUACCGUGCUACGCAAGCCGCAAAACCUAGCUGGCAUGCCUUCUACAAAGCCAUCGCAAUCACCGCCAAGGAGCCGUAAUCCAAUGUCCAGAUAUAUGGCUCAAGUACAAAAGCGACCGGAUGAGUGGCUGCAGAGACCCGUACAAUUCUCAUUCCUAACUCAAGGAUCAGCCCCUGGUUCGCCGGACAGUAUGGCAGCCGAGGCGCCGACUCCUGGUCGAGUUAAUGAGGCUCUAGGUCGCCGCAGCAAGUUUCCGCCGAUCGACACCAGUCUGGCGAAUGUGCCUCCGGGAGAGCGAAGCAUCAACUACUUCAAUUCGCGGUCGAUGGCGGAUUACGGCAGAAUGGCUCAUGUAGGCAACCCAGAGAUUAUGGGGGUCCAGCGCGAACAGUACCAGUAG